AUGAAAGAGCCUAUUUUAGGAAUUGCGCUUACAGAACAAAUUGUUGAGAUUCUACCUAUAAACUAUUUAUUUAUAGUAAAUGAAUUGCAUGAACUUGACCCAUUAAUUACAGAUGAAAAUAUUAAAAUAAAUCAAAUUGUUGGUUUAUUUUUUGUGAAUAUUAAUUCUGUUAAAAAUGCACAUGUGUGGUUUGAGGAUUGUUAA